CUUGGCGAAAACACAUACGGUAGUACAGCCAGGGUUUUUCUUCUUUCUCAUCGAAGUUAAAUCGAAGUUUUACAAAAAGUUAAAGGAUAAUGUAGUGUGUUAGACUGUAUAUAACGUUAGUACAAUUUGUCCCUAUAUUACAGACGUUUUUUUUAAUCGACCUUAUGUUUUUAUUCUUGUGAGAAAGUAAAGAAAAGAAGAGAAUUCACCAUUGUUCGAACUGGAUCGCCAAACGCUUCCCAGAUUUCCUGUUCCUGUGUGGAAGACUUACAGAGGGCCACUGGCGAGAUUGAGGUGCAGUGACGCAAAACACACAGUAUACGAACGUAGCCGCGUGGACUGACGCUCAGGACUCUGCAGCUCUUUCUAACACUCAUGGGGUUGCCUUCCCCUGUCAACACUCAGCAAAGGGACGGUCACACGCUCGACCACAUUUCAUGACAUUUUCUUUGGCUUACCUCCACUUGCCCAACUCCCUUUGACCAAAGAUUUUUUAAAUUUUCUUUCUUGUUGGCUCUUGUUUUUAAACGCAACCAUUUUUUCCGGAACGAGACUGGGAUUUUCCCUCAUAUUAUGCACAUCAAUGGAUACCAGUGGCUCAGUGGUUAGCACGGGAACUGAGGAGCAGUCCUUUCAUGUCCGCUACAGGAUGGAGGUGUCCUGCCUGGAGCUGGCGCUGGAGGGUGAGCGGCUCUGUAAGGUGGGCGACUACAGAGCAGGCGUCUCCUUCUUUGAAGCUGCCAUCCAGGUGGGCACAGAGGACCUGCAGGUGCUCAGUGCCAUCUACAGUCAGCUGGGCAAUGCCUACUUCCACCUGCAUGACUACGCCAAGGCCCUAGAGUUCCACCGGCACGAUCUCACCUUGACCAGGACAAUCGGUGACCUGCUUGGAGAAGCCAAAGCCAGUGGAAACCUUGGCAACACAUUAAAGGUGCUGGGGCGAUUUGACGAGGCUGUGGUUUGCUGUCAGCGGCACUUGGACAUAGCCAGAGACAUAAAUGACAAGGUGGGUCAUGCGCGAGCUCUGUAUAACUUUGGGAACGUGUACCACGCCAAAGGCAAAAGUAUCUGUUGGAGUGGAGCUGAGCCUGGAGAUUUCCCAGAGGAGGUCAUGGUGGCACUGAGGAAGGCAGCUGAGUACUAUGAGGCAAACUUGGCGAUAGUGAAGGAGCUCGGAGAUCGUGCUGCUCAGGGUCGAACCUAUGGUAACCUCGGCAACACCUACUACUUGUUGGGAAGCUUCCGCAAAGCGGUAGCUUCUCACGAACAGCGCUUGCUCAUAGCUAAGGAGUUUGGCGACCGCUCGGCAGAAAGACGGGCUUACUGCAACCUGGGGAACGCCUAUAUCUUUCUGGGGGAAUUCGAAGUGGCAGCUGAACAUUACAAGAGGACACUGCAGCUGGCCAGGCAGUUGAAGGAUCGCGCUGUGGAGGCCCAGGCCUGCUACAGUCUGGGUAACACCUUCACACUUCUGCAGGAUUAUGAGAGAGCCAUAGACUACCACCUCAAACACCUCAUCAUAGCCCAGGACCUCAAUGACAGGAUUGGGGAGGGUCGUGCAUGCUGGAGUCUUGGAAAUGCUUACACUGCACUGGGGAACCAUGACCAAGCCAUGCACUUUGCUGAGAAACACCUUGAGAUCUGCAAAGAGACUGGAGACAGAAGCGGCGAGCUGACGGCUCGUAUGAACGUGUCUGAUCUCCAGACGGUUCUGGGUCUAAGUUACAGCACAAAUAACUCCACUAUUUCAGAGAAUACGGACAUAGACUACAACCUGCAUGGAGCGAGGCCCAGGAUGAGCAGAAGACACAGCAUGGAGAAGCUGGAGCUGAUGAAACUCACUCCAGACAAGAUAAAUGGUCAGAAGUGGAACAGUGACAUCCUGACCAAACAGUCUAAACCCUCGCUGGCUAAGAGCUCCUCCAAGCUGUUCUUUGUCAACCGUCUGCGUGGGAAGAAAUACAAGGCUGGCGGCUCCAGUAAGGUCCUCCAGGACACCAGCAACACUCUGGACACCAGCCAGACGGCCACACAGGGACCACAGAAGCGACUCAGUCCUGACAUGCUCGGAGACGAGGGCUUCUUUGACCUGCUGAGCCGUUUCCAGAGCAACCGUAUGGAUGACCAACGCUGUUCAAUACAGGAUAAGGGCAGCAGGUUAUCAUUAAGCAGUGGUCCAGAAACGCCGCCCAGAGCCAUCAGGAAAUCUGUAUCAGAGUCCGCCAACGUCUCUGGCGCCCCAGGCCGGCGGGUGGAGGAGUCGGCGGCGGCAGGGGGAAGCCUGCCCGGCCUCAGGCUCCAUCAAAACAGCAACCAGGCCGUGCUCAGCCACCUGAUGGCCAACGCUGACAAUGCCGAGCCUGACGACGACUUCUUCGAUAUGCUCGUCAAGUGCCAGGGGUCCCGUUUGGAUGACCAGCGCUGUGCCCCUCCCCCUCCUCCGGUCCGAGGGCCCACUAUACCAGACGAGGACUUCUUCAGCCUCAUCAUGCGCUCUCAGGCCAAAAGAAUUGACGAGCAACGUGUCACCCUGCCUUCUGCAGCAAACGCAACAGCCAGGCCUAGCUCCAGCUCCAGCUCAAAUAAGCACUAAAGGGACAGUCAGGUUGUUUUUAGUUUUUCAUCUCAUGAAGGUGUGGACAGUGUUCUGACCAAUGGGUAGUCACUCACAAAAGAAAGCCUUGUUUUAUCUUUAUUUGUCCUUUUGGACACAACAAAGCACUGUCAGCAUUAUAUGUAGUGAUACAGUAUGGAGAAAAAAAAACUCUAAUUAACAAGGACUUGUUUAGCACAUCUUGCACAACAACAAACUCUCAGUAGUAUCAGGGACAAGACAAAGUGUAGUUGUUUUUUUUUUAUCCUUCUGUACACAUUUCAGUUCACACUGUGUAUUUUCCAAUACACAACUGCAGCUAUGUCUGUAUUUAUUGUACUUUUUAUGAUUGUUAUGAUUCUGCCGUCCCAUCACUGAAGUAAUGUGGUUUUACUCACAGUGGUGUCCGAGUCAGUGUAGACAGAGGUACAGCACUCGUUCCAUGUAUUUUGUUUAUAUGUUAGUUUUUGGGGGGUGGGAGUUGAAGAGUUACCAAGGUCAUGCUAAGGAAAUGAUAUUUUAAGCCAGCUAUUUGAUAAAAGAAUGAAUUUAACCCGUGUACAGCCCCUACGCUCGUUUGUACUAAAUGCUUCAAUGACGUCAGAGGAAUAAAGCCUCAUCCACGUAG